GUCAGUUACGUAAUGGGCCACUGGUUUAGUAUUGGAUAAAUAAAAUUUAUUGGAGAGCCAGCCACUCUCCUGUCAGUGUCAUUCAAACUAGAUAAUUUUUUGAAUUUUUAUCUUCUAUCCCCCUUUUAGAUUCCUAUUUCCCGGUGUAAAAUGGCUGUUCCCAUCAGGAAUUUAUCCCGGUUUAAAGAUGCCGUAAAACUGGCUUUUGUCAGAUAUUCAUCGAACGAUUAUGCUAGUACCAAUGUAAACCUUGGCCUUUCAAAAGACACAAAAGUUAUCAUUCAAGGAUUCACAGGAAAGCACGGUACAUUCCAUGCUCAGCAGUCUAUGGAAUAUGGCACCAACAUUGUUGGUGGAGUGUCCCCAAAGAAGGCAGGCAAAGACCAUCUUGGAAAGCCUGUAUUCGCUACAGUCAGAGAAGCAAUGGCAGCAACCGGAGCAACAGCAACAAGUAUCUACGUGCCCCCUGUCGCAACCGCUGAUGCUAUUCUUGAGGCCAUCGAAGCUGAAGUGCCACUCAUUGUCUGCAUCACAGAGGGUAUCCCUCAGCAUGACAUGGUUCGUGUGAAGCAUGCUUUGAUACGUCAGAAUAAGUCCCGCCUGUUGGGCCCUAACUGCCCAGGUAUUAUAUCCCCGCCAGCAAACUGCAAGAUUGGUAUCAUGCCGGCUUCCAUCCACAAGCCUGGGUGCAUCGGUGUGGUUUCCCGUUCCGGUACCCUCACCUACGAGGCUGUCCAACAAACCACUGUGCAAGGUUUGGGCCAGACAUUAUGUAUUGGUAUUGGAGGAGAUCCCUUCAACGGCACCAACUUCAUUGACUGCCUGGACCUCUUCUUGAAAGACGACAACACAAAGGGUAUUGUCCUCAUCGGAGAAAUUGGUGGUAAUGCUGAGGAGCAGGCAGCUGAAUUCCUCAUUGAAAAGAACACAGGUCAGAAAGCAAAGCCGGUAGUAGCUUUCAUCGCCGGAUUGACAGCCCCGCCCGGCAGGCGGAUGGGCCACGCCGGUGCCAUUAUUUCAGGUGGAAAAGGAGGAGCCAUGGACAAAAUUAAGGCUUUAGAAAAAGCUAACGUAAUCGUCUCCCGUUCUCCAGCCAAAAUGGGUGUGGAACUGUGCAAAGAAAUGAAACGGUUAGAAAUUAUAUAAGUAACGCGUCAACGUUAAAAGUUGCCUCAUGUAAUGUUUAUUAAAACAUGAUAUUUGCGUAUACUACGUUGAGGUAUAGUCCUAUAGUAAUAUCUUGCUAAUAUUAUUUAUUUGCGCUGUUGCAUCAGUCAACAGGUUAAUUCGAUUCAGGUUUGUUGCCGGGUCACACCCGGGACUCGAGUGUCGAGAAUUUCCAUAUAUUAUAAAAUAAUAUUGUCUGGCUGUUCAUAGCACGAAUCGUUAGCACCUAGUAGUAUUACGAAACUCAUAUUUAAUAUUUUAAGUGUUACGUUCGAAAGUAAUAUCGACUCUGUUGUAGUGAAUAAAAUUAUGAAAUCCUAUUCCUGAU